UUUUUUGUGCAUCGGUUAAUAAAUAUACUGGUACCUGUUAUUAGUGUAAUAAUAUUACUACUAUCAUUAAUUAGGUUAUUUUAGUCAUUACAUACAAAUAUUUUUAAUUUUUAACAUUAUGUUGUGUUUUUAACAAUAUUUCCUAUUUUUAAAUUUUUACUCAAAUAUAUUUUUUUUAUUAAAAAUGGAUUUAAAGUGUAUAAAAACUAUAAAAUGUGAUCAAGGAGCAAUUAGAUCUGUAAGAUUCAAUGUGGAUGGUGAAUAUUGUUUGACAUGUGGUAGUGAUAAAAAAAUUAAAUUAUGGAAUCCUUACAAAGAUUUAUGUUUAAAAUCAUAUGCUGGUCAUGGUGAUUGUGUAAUGGAUGUUUGUGGAUCAUGUGAUAGCAGUGAGUUAGCAUCGGGUGGAGCAGAUAAAUCAGUUGUUCUCUGGGAUGUCUCAGAUGGUCGUGUAAAAAGAAGGUUACGUCAACAUGCUGCUACAGUUAAUUGUGUUAAGUAUAAUGAAGAUUCUUCAGUUGUUGUAUCAGGAUCUAAUGACAAUACAGUUUGCUGUUGGGAUACAAGAAGCCGAAGUAAUAAUCCAAUUCAAGUUUUAAAAGAGGCUAAAGACAGUAUUACAAAAGUUUUAGUAAUAGAACAUCAAAUUUUGACAAGUUCUUUAGAUUGCUUCUUAAGAACAUAUGAUAUACGAAUGGGUAAUAUAGAUGCUGAUUUUAUAGGAAAACCAAUAUCUUGUAUAAGUUCCACUCAAGACAAUAUGUGCACUUUAGUUAGUUGCACUGAUAACACUUUAAAAUUAAUGGAUCGCCAUAAAGGAGAAUUACUAAAUGAGUACACUGGCCAUACAGUAAAUGAUUAUUUCAUUGAAAACUGUAUAUUUCAUAAUGAUACUCUAAUAAUAAGUGGAUCAACAUGUGGUAAUUUAUGGUUCUGGGAUUUUGUUAGCUCAAAUGUUUUAGGAAAAUUUAAACCCAUGGAUAUUUCCUAUACACAAUCAAUCAAUUCAAUAAGUACUCAUCCUAGUAAAAAAAUAAUUGUUACUUCAUGUGCAUCUUGUAUAAGUCUUUGGUCAGAAUAAAUAUAAUUGAAUAUUUUAUAUAUAAUUAAAACAUGGCUCAGAAUAUUCAAAAAGUCGAGAAUUUGCACUUUUACGGCUUGCAAUGUCAACUGGCUUAUCUUCUGAACUAUUUAAUAGUUUUUCAUUGGGUUUGAUAUUUGGCUGACAUAAUAAUAAUUCUAAUAGAUUGUGAGAAUCUGAUAAUUCAGCCACGAUAUGUAAAGGAGUCAAACCUGAUAAAAAAAAAAAUAUUAUCUUAGCAUUUUUUUAACCAAAGAUUAUUUAGUUUUUAAAUAUUUUUAAAAAUUACCACCAGAAGUAACAGCAUUUAUAUUUGAUCCAGCUUCUAUUAAUUUAGUUGCACAUUUUACAUUAUUCCAUUUACAAGCUGAGUGUAAAGGUGUCCAUUGAUCAAUUGUACGAGCAUUUGGAUUUGCACAAUUCUCUAAUAGAAACUGUACAUUUACAUACGAAAAAUAAAAUAUUGAUAUUUUAUUCUAGAUAAAAGAAUUUAUUAUUUAUAAACUAACCACUAAAUUAAUUAAUUUUACAUCUAUUUAUUUCAAAAAUUAGUUAUAAGUUAAUAGUAGAAAUGUGUCCAUUACACAUUUUUUAGAUAAAUGGUAUAAUGAUUUUAAGUUAAAAUCACUUUAGGCAAUAUUUAUAACUAAUUUUGAAUAAUUUGUGCUUAAGUUAUCAAUGUAACACUUUUUAGAAUAGUUUAAGAAAAAUGUAUUAAUAGAAUCAACUAUAAUAUGAUCUUAAGAUUUAUGAGAUGACCCAACUAUUAUUAUGGUCAACAAAUUAUUUUAUGAAUUGUAUAAUUAUGAAUUGUAUAAGUUCUAUAAUUAUUAAAUAUAAUUUUACAAACUAAAU